AUGUGUUUACACGUUACGGUUUUAUCGGCAGACGACUGGAGGUCGUUUACGCUGAUCCUUCAGGCUUUGGACUACAGCAAUCAUUCCGUCCCAGCAGUAACCAACCUAAUAGAUGAAGCAACUUACUCCGGACUGAUAGAUCCUAGUGCAGAAUGGCAUACUUUAAAUCAUAAUGGAGCCAGAACGAGACUGACUUACAGGAUAAGAGUGAAAUGCGAUGAUUUUUACUACAAUUUAACGUGUACGAAAUUCUGUAGAGCUCGUGAUGACCCUUUCGGUCAUUAUAGAUGCAAUCCAAACGGCGAUAAGGAAUGUAUAGAAGGAUGGAAAGGAACUAAUUGUGAAGAACCUGUUUGUAAAAAUGGAUGUCAUCCAAUCCACGGAAAAUGCGAUAAACCUGGUUCAUGCAAAUCCCAAAGGACAAGAAGACAACGACGUAGUUCCAUCGAGGAAGAAGCCUCGAGAUAUUGGUUAUAUUGGGUCGUAUCUAGAUCUUGUGGUGGACACGAUCUUCGGCCGCGCAUUAAAGAAGAUCCGUACUCUACGGGUGGCGGUGGUCUUCGCGUCGUGACCACUUAUGCUGAUCUUCAAGAAGACGUUUUUGUUGGUUGA